UCUUGGUGGACGCCAAUAAUAUCGGACUGAUAUCUCUGUGUCAUAUAGGAUUAAGUACAUUUAUACCUCGGCUUCUCGGAGUCGGAUUAAUUGGGGAUUUGGUACAUUAUGAGGAAGUACCUGUACGUGAAGAAUAAGAGCGGGGUUUUGUUUCUAUCUGAACAGGUACCUAGGUACCUAUACCUUAUGCGUACAAGCUUCCACUUCCAUCAGGAACUUUAUAUGCAAACAAUCCAACCAUACCUAACCCUUAACCCUUUAAACCCAUCAAAAUGGCGGGACCUAAACCGGGACAGAAGACAGUUCUCGUAACUGGUUGCACUCCAGGUGGUAUUGGACAUGGCAUAUGUCUGGAAUAUCAUCAGCGCGGUCUCCAUGUGAUUGCUACCGCCCGAAGAUAUGAGGUGUUAGCCGAUCUCGCAGCACUGGGCAUGAGCACCCUCUCUCUCGACGUUACCGAUGCCGAAAGCAUCAAGCAAUGCCACGAAGAAGUUGCGAAACUCACCGGCGGCAAGCUAGACAUUCUCGUGAAUAAUGCUGGCCGUACACAUACGCAUCCUGCGACAGACAUCUCGUUGCCAGAUGUCCGACAGACCUUUGAGACCAACGUCUUCUCAAUAAUGGCCAUGGUGCAAGCCUUUAUAGACCAGCUCAUUGCGGCAAAGGGCUUGAUCAUCAACAUUUCCUCGCUUUCGUCUGUGACCCCCUAUGUAUUUGGCUCGGUCUACUGCGCGAGCAAGGCCGCUGUCGUAGGUUAUUCGCGCACCUUACGAAUGGAACUGGCGCCCUUGGGAGUCCGCGUGAUGGUAUCGAUGACUGGUACGGUCAAAAGCAAUACAGCUGCCCAACCUCUUCGUGGCCUGCCGGAAAAUAGCCUUUAUAGCCGCGCUAAGGAGAUAUUCGAAUGGAGAGUUGUCUUCAGUCAAAAUGUGUCUACUUUUCCCACCGAGACGUUUGCUAAAAAGUUGGUCAACGACUCUCUGCGCCCGGAGGUUCCUGCGAUACUCAGACGCUGGUUCGGACGGCCAGAUUGGUUCUGGUCUGGUGGGACGGCAGAUCUCGUAUGGUUUGGAACAUGCAUAGGCGAGUGGCUUGUUGACGCCCUCUGUUGGCGCACCUUUCGAAUGAGUGAGAUAACGAAGUUACUCAGUGAGGAUCAGAGCCAGAAAAAGCUGAAGUGAUGUUGCCACCAUUUCGCAUUUCAUCUGUUAUCAAAUUUCCACAUCAUGAACACUGGACCAUUAUCCCUGAGUUGUAGCAUAGCGUUCAGUUUUAUAAAACAUCUAGCACUUGCUCACUUGAUCCUGCUGACAAAAUCAGUCAUCGCGGCUAGUAUAAUGGGCGAUCAUUCAUAACAGAUCGAUUACUUACUUGCAGACAUGGUUCAAUAUCGAACCCUGCCUCUAGACGAAUUAGCGGGAGUCGGAUUGUUCACUAAGAUAAAGACAUUGGUCUAGUACAUCGUCUAUGUCAGCUUAGCACAGGGUAUGUGUAUAUUACAUUGUUCAGAAUCAGGCCCUUCUCAAGAGUCUUGAAGCCAACCGAAAGGUCUAAGCAAUUGAUAAUUACACAAUUGCAUUGUACAUGAUUGUUUCCAGGGUCAUUCUAUAAAUGAGAUUAGUUAUUCCCUUACGAUAGAAAUAUUACCUACACCAUAGAAGUUACC